AAGCAAGAGAUAUAUCCAUCCAAUCACACUUUGUUCUGGCGAUAUCACUUCCUGGUAAGGUCGCAUGCUUGUGUUCGUUUAGGCUUCCUGCACGUUUUCUCACCGAAUAAGAAUACACUGUGUUAUGGCCAAAGACAAAUGUGUGAAGUCGCAAACAAAUUCUUCCAAAAGGAAGAUGAGUUCACUUAUCAAUGAGGUAUGUGCAGAAGAAAUAACAGACACUGAAGUAAAGAAGAAGAAGAAAAGGAAAAAUCUGGACAAAGAGGAGCUACCAGUACAAAUGCCAGAUUUGACAGAGACAACAGAUGAUAAAAAACAAAAAAAGGACAAGAAGCACAAACAGGAACAAGUGAAAGCUAAAGUGCAACAAAAUGAGAUUGCAGAUCCACUCGCUAAAGCAGAGGCGCUGGAGGCGGAGGAGGAGUUGAGUCCUGAGGAGAAACGGGUCCUAGAGAGGAAGAUGAAGAAAAUCCUGAAAAAGGAAGAGAAGCGGCGGCUGAAAGAAGCAGGAGAGACGCCACAGAAAACGGAAACAUCUGGACCAAGUGCAUCCGAGCAGGCCUUAGAAUACCUCACCUGCUGGGCUGAAAAGCGAAAACAGUGGAAGUUCCAGAAGACGAGGCAGACGUGGUUACUGCAGCACAUGUUUGACUCCGACCAGGUUCCAGAUGAGAAGUUUUCCGUGCUGUUGCAGUAUCUUGAGGGGCUCCGUGGAGGCGCCAAAGACACAACAGUGCAGAAGGCCUUGGCUCUGGUUGAAGAGAUGGGACAAGCGCCAGAUGACGGCCUUGUCCAGCAGAGGGCGCACAGAGCCAGAGAAGUCAUCCAGAUGCUUUCCUGACCUCUUCCCCACAGUCCUACAAGACCACCUCACCAUCAGCAAAUCUGAAAUCUGUUCAGUUGAAUGACUGCCUGGAUCUCUGGCUUCAGACCUGUCUUGGUUUUAAGAGACUUAAACUUUUUUUAAAUCAUCAUUCUAGGUUAAUGUUUCACCAAAACAACAGGUGCCUCAUUUCUCCUUUUAAUGUAAUUAUGUAUUUACUAGAAUGAUGUUUUUCAAUUUAGAACAAAGUUUCCAGUUUUACCAGUAUGGUCAGAUGAAGAGAGAUUAAGGUCUUGACAAACAAAACAGAGAGCAGACAGACAUAGUGAUGGUUUCAGUUAAGCCUCAGUAAUGUUUAUUUGUCCUAACAAAUAUAUUUGCCCGGAUAUACUCAAACGCUUGUCAUCCACUCUGUGUAUUCAUGAUAAAUAUUGUGAUAAAGUCUGAUAAAACUGAAUCCAAAA